UUGCUCUCUUUUGCUAAUAUUACCAUUUUUGAAACACUGCAUUUCUUACACAUUUCAAAAAGUUUACAACUUUGAGCAAAAAAAGGAAAACAAAAAAGAAAAAAAAAUCAAUCUUGAACUUUGUUGUUCUGUUCUUGAAUUUGUAUUUGAUGAUGAUUUCAUAACCAUGUAGAUAAAGGGUGUUUGAUUAUCACAGAAAAGAUUCAAUUUUUUUUUAUUUUACAAAAAAAAAAAAAUUCAAAUUUUUUUAUUGGGGAAGAUGAGUGUUUCUUUGAGUGUAAUGACUUUUAAUCUUCUUGAAGAUCAGUUAGAGGACAGUCCAAAUUCAUGGGAAAAGAGGAAAGAUUUGUGCAUAAGUGUUAUUACAAGUUAUUCUCCUAUGAUUCUCUGUACCCAACAAGGUGUGAAGUCACAGUUGGACUAUAUUCAGCAGUGCUUGCAAGGUUAUGAACAGUUUGGAAUAUCAAGGAAAGGAGCUGAAGACACUUCUGAUCAGCACUGUACCAUUUUUUAUGACAAGGAUAAGGUCGAGCUUUUAGAAGGGGGAACAUUUUGGUUGUCUGAAUCACCUUCGGUGCCUGGAAGUAUGUCUUGGGGUUCUACAGUACCGUGCACCGCAACAUGGGCGAUAUCCUUUUGAUCUAUUUAAUUUACUUGUCAUUUCCCCUUCAUCUUUGUUCUUUUAGGAGUUGUUUGGUCGUUUGUUAAUAAGGAAAUUAUCCAUGUACUAAAAUUAGCAUAGCUAAUACCAUGUCAGGUAGAUUUUUUAGCUGCUUAGGGCUCGUUUGGAGAAAGUAGAUUUUGUUUUCAAAGUGAAAAGUGAUAUUUAAAAAUUGGAGUGGCGUUCGACUGUUCGACCAUGAAUACAAAUUGAGUUGUUUUUGAAUUUUUGUGAGUGAUUUGGAGUGAAACAAACUUUUUUUUUUUUUUCAAAUUUCGGAAUUCAACUUGAAUAUUCUGAAAUUUUAUGGCCAGACAUGAUUUUCAGAAUUCAACUCUAGAAAAAAGUAAAAAAAAUUUGUGGACAAACUACCACUAAAACUCAGCACACCAAGAAUGGUGUUUGGGAAAGGUUAUCAUUUUACAAUCCCACAUAACUAAAACAUGUAUACGUUAUGAGUCAAUUUAUGUAUUAUUUUAUAGAGUGUAGAAGAUAGAAUAACUAAAUUCUUCAUUACUUUAACCAGCAACCAAACGACCCCCUACUGCACGAAUUAUUGAAUGUUUUGCUCCCUUGACAAUGACUCUCUACACAUUCCAGUUGAAAGGAGUUGAGCCACCAGGUUUUUCAUUUCAGAUUGUUAAUACAACCAUGGAUGAGUUCAGUCCCCGUGCUCGAAGGCGAGGUGCUUUGCUCACUUGGCAGCAUAUUGCAUCCUUGCCCCCUAGCUUAUCCGUCGUGUACUGUGGAGGAUUUAACACCCAAAAGGAAUCCACUACAGGUCGUUUUCUUCUGGGGAGAUCGAGAGAGCAUGGAGUUGUCGGUGAUAUGAGAGAUGCUUGGCCAAACGCUCGUGUGAGAAAAAAUGUAUCCCUUAUACGCACAUUUCAUGGAUUCAAAGGUACCAAACAAGGUCCACUCGAGUUCCUGAAGUUAAUAUUCCGAGCACUUUGCUUGUGCUGGGAUCGCCAAACUCAGGAUCUACAUGUUGACUGGAUCCUUUUCAGAGGCAGAUCUCUAAUACCCGUCUCGUGUGAGGUGGUAAGGGACAACAUUGAUGGCUUUUAUCCUUCUUCUCAUUAUCCUGUUUUCGCUGAGUUCAUGCUCCCUCGAUCAGUGAGGCUAAUCGAAGCAUCCCCUGAAAACGGAAGCUAAAACUAUUCCUGAAGCUUUUGCCAUUUCACUUCUUUUUUUUUGUGAAUCAUUAUUUAUUGAUUGAUUUUUAUAUGGUUCCUACAUUGUUCAAAGUUGUUUAAAGAUCCUGUUUUUCAAUUUCAGUGAGAUAAGUUGAAAGAUUUUAUUUGUAAUCUUUCUUUAAAGUUUAACAGAUGUAAAAUGAGUGAUUUGUUGGUUAGAA